GCUCUGUUCCCGAGCCCAUUGCCUAGGGGCUUUAACAGAAGAAACCUUGAACGGAGAGCCUGACUCGGUUGAAGACAGUUUCAGCAAAGGUCAUGGCAGACCAGGAGCUGCCCUGUGUGCUGGUGUCUGGAUUCGAAGGACCAUGUGGUGUGUUCAAGGGUCACGUCGGAGACCUGCAGAAGCACUUCCGUCUCAUUACCAUGAAAGAAUUUUUGAAAAAUAAAACACAACUCAGCCAAAAGAUCCAGGCAGUGUACAUCUGGGGUGGAAAGCCAGUGAUCGACCACGAGCUGCUGCAGAGCCUGCCCUCCCUGAAGAUCAUCGCCAGCGCGGGCGUGGGCGUGGACCACCUGGACCUGCCGCUCAUCGCCAGCUUCGGUGUGAAGGUGGCCAACACACCCCAUGCCGUGUCCAGCCCCACAGCAGAUCUGGGCAUGACCCUGCUGCUGGCUGCAGCUCGUAGGCUCCUAGAAGGUUGCCAGCUGGCUCUCUCGCCAGAGACAGAGAGCUUCUCCAUCAACUGGAUGGGUCAGGGGGUGACAGGGGCCACUCUGGGGAUCGUCGGCAUGGGCAGCAUUGGCUAUAAGGUCGCGCAGAGGGCCAAAGCAUUUGAAAUGAAGAUUCUGUACCACAAUCGGAACCGCAGGCCGCGGGAGGAGGAGGAAGCUGUGGGGGCCACUUACUGUGAGAAACUGGAGGACUUGCUGCCACAGUCGGACUUCGUGAUGCUGGCCCUGCGCCUGACCCCUGAGACCCAGGGCCUGCUUGGGAGGCGGGAGCUGGCCCUGAUGAAGCCCACGGCUGUGCUUGUGAACAUCGGCAGAGGUCUGCUGGUUGAUCAGGACGCGCUGGUGGAAGCUCUUCAGACUGGGGUCAUUCACGCUGCCGCGCUGGACGUCACACACCCGGAACCCCUGCCCAGAGACCACCCCCUGCGGGGGCUGAAGAACGUCAUUCUGACGCCUCACAUGGGAAGUGCCACUCACCAGGCCCGGCGACAGAUGAUGGAAAACCUGGUUGAGAGCGUGCUGGCGGCUCUCAGCGGCCUCCCCGUUCCCAACGAAGUGGUCGGGACAGCGACUUAGGAGGCCUGCGGUGGCGGCGAGCGGGCGGGGAAGACGGGGCCGUCAGCUCGGCCGCACCCUGUGCUCAGGAGCCUCCUCCAGGUCCCGACUUGCCAACGGCCCGAUUCCUAUUAAAACCUCGGCUGGGCUGGGAACUUUCUAGCCGUCUGUUGCCA